AUGCCACCCAGCUGCCACGUACACUGGCUCGACGAGAUCCCAUCUCGCGACCGCCUUACCGCACAAAACCUCGAGCACACAUCCCCAGCGACGCUUGACGGCUGA